AUGAAUAACGUGCUUAUGCUUAUUCUUCCAAUUGUUUUUUAUUGGGUUUUUUCAUUUUUCUUUUUUAUUCUUUCUUUUUUGAAAAAUCCAAAGAUUGAAAAGUAUAAAAUUCAUCAGGUAUCAAAUGGAAACAGGGUAUCUUGUUUUAAGGUUAUUCGAGAUGUUUUAUUUCAGCAGUUUCUUCAAAUAAUUAUUGGGUACAUUUUUCUUUCGAAGACAUUGGAACCAUCAUCUUGUAUUUAUUUUGAUAAUUAUAUUAAAGGGUCUAGAAGGGUUUUUUUAUUUUUUAUUCAAUUUUUUUUGGCAUUGGUUAUUUUGGAUACAUGGCAAUAUUUUUUUCAUCGGUUGAUGCACUAUAAUUCUACUUUAUAUCGUUAUAUUCAUUCUAAACAUCAUGAAUUAUAUGUACCUUAUGCUUUUGGUGCACUUUAUAAUCAUCCUGUUGAAGGGCUUUUAAUGGAUACAAUUGGAGCAGGAUUAGCUUUUCAAUUGAGUGGUCUCGGAGCAAUAGGUGGUUGUAUAUUUUUUUGUUUUUCUACAGUCAAGACAGUGGAUGAUCAUUGUGGGUAUGUUUUUCCGUAUGAUCCUCUACAGCGUUUCUUUUAUAAUAAUUCUAAGUAUCAUGAUCUUCAUCAUCAGCCGUAUGGUAUGAAAUUUAAUUUUUCACAGCCAUUUUUCACUUUUUGGGAUCAUUAUUUUAAUACAUAUAAAAAUGUUGAAACGUCUAAAUGUAUUUCGUCUUUAACACCUGAGAAAAAACAUACCUAA